CUUAAAAUCAAAGGGUAAAUUUAAACAAUGUGUUUCUUUCCCUGUGGUGCGAAGCACUAGCAAAUCAAAAGAUGAACUGAGCAAAACCAGCAGAUCAUAAGGAGCAAAUUUGGAGCGUCCAAAGGAAACAGGAUUCCCUGGAUCCUGAACGCCUCAGACUUCAGGUCACUGAGCAGAGAGAAACGAAAGCAUUUCAAAAUCCAUCCACCUUUCAUUUGGGAUGGUGAAUUAUUACGAAGUUUUAGGACUUCACCAAAAAGCCUCACAAGAUGACAUUAAAAAGUCCUACCGUAAACUUGCAUUAAAAUGGCACCCUGAUAAGAAUCCUAAUAACAAGGAGGAGGCUGAGAAGAAAUUCAAAGCCGUAGCUGAGGCAUACGAGGUUUUAUCAGAUCCCCAAAAACGUUCCAUCUAUGACAGAUCUGGAAAGGAAAGUCGGCAGAGAGGAGGCAGAGGUGCAACUGGAGGCCACUUCCACAGCCCAUUUGAUUCGGAAUACAUAUUCCGUAACCCAGAAGAGAUUUUCAGGGAAUUUUUUGCAGGAAUGGAUCCCUUUGCACAUGAUUUCUGGGACAUUCCAUUUGAUGGAAAUGUAGGUGAAAACAGAAACAGAACUCGUGGAAGAGGAGCUAGCUUUGCCGGCUUUGAUGUAUUUCCUGAUCUUAUGGAAUCAUUUAUGUCAUUUGAUUCAGUCAACCCUGGUGAGCACACUACAUUCUCCUGCAGGUCAUUUGGAGGAGACACUAGUGGGUCAAACAACUUCAGAUCAGUCUCAACUUCUACUGAAGUGGUCAAUGGUAGAAGAAUCACUACCAGAAAAAUCAUUGAGAAUGGACAAGAAAGAACUGAAGUUGAGGAAGAUGGGCAGCUGAAGUCCAUAAAAAUCAACGGAAGAGAACAGCUGAAAUGCUAGCAACUCACCGCACACCUGUGCAGAAAUGUUACCAGCAAGCUGUUUGGAAGAUCUCACUUGUGGACUCUUGUUCAGUAAAAUGGGAUCCAAUAUAAGCAGUACGAAUAAACAGCUUCACUGAGUUCAUGACACAA